AUGGGUGGAUCGUCCCUGGACCAUACCCUGGGGCAGGACAGGGGCAGGGCAGGACCGGCACGGGGCGGGGCGGGACAGCACUGCUCCGGGGGCGCAGAGGUAAAGUUCUCUCCUCAGCUCAGAGCGCUCCAGUCCGCGGCCGCUGUUCCUUCCCAUUGUCACCGCUCCAGAUCCUCCUGCAUCAUGUUUUUGGCCAAGGGAAUCCUGGGAGGCCUCGUCAAAAUUAUAAGUAACAUCGACCCUGCAGACUUCGUUCCCUCAGACCCUGUGAGUAUCACCACAAACACACACUAG